UUUUGGUUAUGGGGACCAGCAACAAUACUAUAGAAGAUCCUACCCUUUUCAAUCCAGAAAACAACCUACUGCAAAUCUGAAUUUGCCACGAGCGCAAAGAUCGCGAUGACCUGCGCAGUGGAGCUGUGGGCUAGCGUAGCCAACUUCUGGAAUACCAAGUGUUGACCGGCACGUGCGCUCCUUCUUUCGCAAAAUAUACGUAUUUCAGACAUCUCUCAAAAACCUCCCAGGGUCUCCAUUAAUUCUGCAAGCACCUCCCUCUCUCUCUCUCUCUCUCUCUCUCUCUCUCUCUCUCUCAAAACUCUCCGAAGAAGGAUCAAGAACAGAGAUCUUCAGCUUCUAACUAAAGAGAUCAAAAGUAAAUCUGAAGAGCAAAUGGUUGAAGUGCUUUUAGAUUUUGCAGAUUAGGUAACGAAUAUCUAAUAGCAAUGUGGAUAGAGCUUUUUGCUGUUGUGAUACCGCUGAAAGAGUAAAUGGAGGACGUAAUAAACAGAGGGGAUUUGCAUAUUAAUGUUGUUAGGCAAUCAUCAUUAAGGGGUGGCAACAUGAAGUCCACAUUGUCAGGGAGAUCAACACCUAAAAACUCUCCUACGCUUCGAAAGUUGCAUUCCAGCCGAACUCCACGAAGAGAAGGUAGAAGCAUUGGAGGUGGUGUACAAUGGUUUCGAAGCAAUCGUUUAGUUUACUGGUUACUUCUGAUUACUUUGUGGGCUUACCUUGGGUUUUAUGUACAAUCAAGGUGGGCUCAUGGUGAUAACAAGGAGGAAUUUCUGGGGUUUGGAGGUAAAACUAGAAAUGGGGUUUCAGAAACUGAACAGAAUGCACGACGAGAUUUGCUUGCCAAUGAUAGUUCUAUGGCUGUAAAUAACAGGACCAAUAAAAUUCAGAUAGAAGACGGUAAAAGGAUAGGUGUCGUUUUGGCCAAAAAGGGGAACAAAAUUUCUUCUGAUCAGAACAAAGUUUCUACUUCAAGGAAGAGGAGUAAGAGGACAGGGCGCAGGUCGCGCAGUAAAGCACGUGGCAAACAAAAGGCAAUAGUAGAGGUUGGAAGCAAUGAUAUAGGGGUACAGGAACCAGACAUUCCUCAGAAGAAUACUUCUUAUGGUUUUCUUGUUGGCCCAUUUGGGUCAACUGAGGAUAGAGUUUUGGAAUGGAGUCCUGAGAAGCGAACAGGAACCUGUGACAGGAAGGGGGACUUUGCACGUCUAGUAUGGUCUAGGAAAUUUGUAUUGAUAUUCCAUGAGCUCUCAAUGACUGGGGCUCCACUUUCAAUGAUGGAGUUGGCAACAGAGUUUUUGAGCUGUGGAGCCACAGUUUCUGCUGUUGUUCUUAGCAAAAAGGGUGGUUUGAUGCCAGAGCUUGCCAGGAGAAAGAUCAAAGUUCUUGAGGAUAGAGCUGACCUUAGCUUCAAAACUGCCAUGAAGGCAGAUCUUGUGAUUGCAGGAUCUGCAGUCUGUGCAUCAUGGAUAGAUCAAUAUAUUGCUCAUUUCCCAGCUGGUGGAAGUCAAAUUGCUUGGUGGAUUAUGGAAAAUCGACGAGAGUACUUUGAUAGGUCAAAAAUUGUCCUCAAUCGAGUGAAGAUGUUGGUUUUCCUUUCUGAAUUUCAGACCAAACAAUGGCUGUCUUGGUGCGAUGAAGAAAAUAUUAAGUUGAGAUCUCCACCUGCAAUAGUUCAACUUUCUAUUAAUGAUGAACUAGCUUUUGUAGCUGGUAUUCCGUGUUCACUAAACACUCCAUCUUCUAGCCCUGAGAAGAUGCUGGAGAAAAGGAGGUUGCUACGAGAUUCUGUUAGAAAAGAGAUGGGAUUGACAGAUAAUGAUGUGCUUGUCAUGUCUCUCAGCAGUAUAAACCCUGGGAAAGGUCAACUCUUACUACUUGAAUCAGUGCAGUUGUUGAUUGAGCAAGAACCUUUGCGAAAAACAAGAACGUCAGUGCGUAUGACUGGAGAACGAUCUACCUUAGCUGCAAAACAUCACUUAAGAGCCCUGUUACAGGAGUCAAGAGAUGCUGAUGAAUCUUCAACUAGCCGCUCCAGCAAGUCCUCUAUCGGGUUGAAUGAACCUAAGAAGAAAGGGUCGCAGCUAUCUCGUCUCUUUAACAAAAGACGGAAAAGAAGCAAGGUUUUGUCUAAGCUUGAAGAAGCUCAAGAACAGCAUCUUAAACUUCUUAUUGGUUCUGUUGGAUCUAAGAGUAAUAAGGUGCUUUAUGUUAAAGAAAUGCUGAGAUACAUGUCUGAGCGUUCAAACUUGUCAAAGUCGGUGAUUUGGACUCCAGCCACUACACGUGUUGCUGCACUUUACUCUGCAGCGGAUGUUUACGUUAUAAACUCCCAGGGGCUUGGAGAAACUUUUGGGAGAGUUACCAUUGAAGCAAUGGCAUUUGGUCUUCCGGUGCUUGGAACAGAUGCUGGAGGCACAAAAGAAAUCGUUGAGCAAAAUGUAACAGGACUUGUUCACCCUGUUGGGCGUCCAGGAACUCACAUUCUUGCUCAAAAUCUGAAAUAUUUGCUAAAAAAUCCAUCUGUGAGACAGCAAAUGGGGAUGAAGGGAAGGAAAAAGGUAGAGAGAAUGUAUUUGAAGCAGCACUUGUACAAGAAAUUUGUAGAGGUUCUGUAUAAGUGCAUGAGAGUCAAAUAACAACUCUCAGCUAGAUGAACUCUCAAUUCUUUAAUUGGUUUCGAUUUGAAGGAAACUGUGAGUAUUGAUUUCUAAAAUUGUUGUAUUACUUUGUAGAAAAUUUGUUUGCUCGAGAAAUGCAAUGUUUGUGGAUUUGAUUAGAA